AAUUAAAACUACAUUUUUGGCUCACCGGGAAACGAAAUUUCACCACCGUUGCCGCGUUAAUUGUUUGACGAAACACCUCUACGCGUAAAUUGUUCUCAAUUGUAAGUUUUUGGGAAAACAAUUUCGUGCAUAGGGAUUAAGGUAAUUGUAAGUUUCCCACAACCAUGGAAAUUCCAAGGUUUUUCCGGUUCUGUUCUUCGAUUUUAGGAUGAAAUUUACCAAAUUGCGCAACGAUAUGUAAAUAGUGAAUGCGGUUUCUGAAUAGUUUCCCGGAAAUGAGACAAAAUCGCCUUUAAAAGAUCAUGAUUGGUUAAGCAAGUUAUUUACUCGCUUUUGAUUUGAUUCUGCUCUUCAUCAGGUACCUCUCCACUGUUUUGUUCUUCGAUCUUUUUGGGGUCUUUUCAUGUCAUGUGAAUUGUUAGACAAGUGUUUGUGCUGUAUUUGUUUUUCAUUCUUUUUGGUGUCUAUUCAUGUUUUUGUUUUUAUGUUGUUUACAUGAAACAAGAGAAAUAUUUGAAAAGUGAUGAUGUAAGUUGUUGAGAGUUAGCAAUAGGUAGCUUAGAUAGAUAAAAAUAGUAAUAUAGGCUAAAUGGCUAAUCCCCUUGUUUACUUAGAUGUAUUGAGUUUUGGAAUGUCCUGAGGCCCUUGAUAUAACUCCUAUCAUUCAAGUAUAAUAUAGAUUGAUUUAUAUCUCAUUGAAAUGGUGGGAUUGGAGGAAUCAUAGUAAUAAGGGCAAGAAUUCUCAGUCGUCUAUCUUAUUGAUCAUGAAAAGUAAAUGCUCCCUAAAUCUAGUUUACUUUUAUGGACGGCACUUCACAAAACUGUUGCUAGUGUUAGAUUUUGCAAGGUAUUGCAGUUUGAUGGUGUGAUUCUGUUAGAUUCUGCAAAGUGUUGCAGUUUGAUGGAUUGAUUCUGUUAGAUUUUGCAAAGUAUUGCAGUUUGAUUGAGUGAUUCUCUGCUCCAUUGCUUUUCCAUUCAUUUUCUCUUUGGGUUGUGAAACUAUGAGCUGAAUUGGAAUUGAACCUCGUAUUGUUUAUCUUAUCUUUGGCUAAAAUGACUAGUUGUUGGUGCCUUGAUUCUUGUGGAGAGGAGGCCCAUGGACUUAAUUCCACUGAGGUUGAUCACAUUCUUGAAUGAGUGGGAAAUCAGGUCGUUCAUUAUUCUCAGCCUCGCGUUGCAGAUUUUACUGACCAUGGUGGGUAGUCGCAGGAAGUAUGUAUGCAAACUUUGGAUGAGAAUCAUCCUUUGGUGUGCUUACGUAUCAGCAGAUUGGGUGGCAUUGGUUGCACUUAGCAUCAUUGCAAAGAGCACAGUUGAUGAGAACCAGAAAAAGACAAUCCAUGAUGAUCCCGGGAUUGAACUGAGGUGGUUUUGGGCUCAGUUCUUUCUGCUGCAUUUGGGCGGCCCCGACACCAUUACAGCAUAUACUCUCGAAGAUAAUGAGCUGUGGCUGAGGCAUGUGGUGGGGAUGGUGAUUCAAACUGGACUUGCCUUUUAUGUACUACUCUUUGCUUUCCCAGGUUCUUAUUGGCUUCCUUCUUUGAGCGUGCUCAUCUUUGUAGCCGGUGUAAUCAAGUACGCAGAGCGCUUGUCCAGCCUCUAUGCUGCCAAUGGUGAAAACUUCCGCAACGCCAUGCUUCCAGAGUCUGAUCCGGGCCCCAACUACCCGAAAUUCAUGGAAGAAGCUGCUAUGAAGAAGGCUGAGGGAUUCAAUGUUAAGGUGGACCACCAUGUUAUAGAUAUCCCUGUUCUUGCAAAGCAUGAGUUCCCUGACAAACCCAGAUUACACGAAGUUUAUGACCUAUACAAAAUAUUUAAGCCCCUCUCUGCAGACUCAAUCUUGAGUUUUCAAGAUCGAGACAGGAGUGAGUCCUACUUCCGGAGGUUCUCAUGGGAGCAAGCUUUUCAUGUUGUUGAGAUUGAGCUUUGCUUCUUGUAUGAUGAGCUGUACACAAAAGCGUCUGUUGUAUACAAUCAACGAGGCUAUGUGUGUCGGGUUAUCACUUCAACUUUUACUCUAUUCUCCUACCUAGCGUUUAUUUUCAUUUGCAAGAACAGGAAAUACUCUAUGCUCGACUUGACAAUUACUCACUUGUUGCUUGUGGUGGCUAUGUUCUUAGAAGCAUACGGCGUGUGGAUUCUUAUUGACUCGGAUUGGACACGUCAGUGGCUGACCAGGGGCAAAUCUGCAGUGUGCCCAAGAAGCUACAGGUUUCUUCCGAGCAUCAGAAAGAUUACUAUAUUGGAUCAUUACGUCGAAAAGCACCAGCACAAGUAUUUCGUAGACGUCUCCGUUGAUCUGAUGAAGCUAAUAUUCGCGGAGUUGAGGCGCUACACAGCUGUUUCUGAUCCUGCAGCCAUAUGGAGCAGAAAGGGGAGUUUCACUCUUGAAAAGUACACCUCUCUCUCUCUUGACUGGAUGCGAGAGAGAGAGUUUCAUGAGAGAAUCCUCCUGUGGCACAUUGCUACAGACAUUUGCUACUCAAAAGAUUGGGGUGAUGACAAUCGAGCCUACACGGAUGAGAGAAAGCAAACCGCAGACCACAGCAAGCAAAUAUCCGAGUACAUGAUGUAUCUCCUCGUUGUCUACCCUUUCAUGCUGCCACAAGGGAACGGGAUGAGAAGAUUCCGUGACACUUGUGCUGAAGUCAGAGUUUUCCUAGAAGAGAGAGAUGCAGCAAUAUUCAGCAAAGUUGAGGCUUGCAAGAAGCUGCUCGAGGUGAACACAGAAGUGCCACCGGCUAAAGUGAAGGGUGACCGGAGCAAAACCGUGCUGUUUGAUGCUUGCAUACUGGCUAAGGCCCUCUUAGCAGAGGGGAAGAGGUGGGAGAUUAUAAGCAAAGUGUGGAUGGAGAUGCUGGCUCACGCCGCCACAAAUUGCAGCGGCUACCACCACGUCCGCCAGCUGCGGAAGGGGGGAGAGCUGCUCAGCCAUGUUUGGCUUCUCAUGGCACAUUUAGGUAUCACUGAGCAGUUCCAGAUAUCUCAAGGUCAUGCUAGAGCUAAAAUUCAAGCAAAAUAGAUUCUUUAAUUCAUUGUUCUUUACAGGAUUAAGUUGUAGUAGUUAUAUGCUCAUUUGCCACUAAUUCACGUGUACAUUUGUUAAAAAAUAUAAUGUGUACAUACAUCUUGGGUGCAACUUUUUACUUGGUUUUGAGUUUAUGUUUA